AUGCCAUUCACAUUGGACAAGACGGACCUAGCUGUCCAAAAAACCAGUAAACACAUUUCAGGAUGCGUCCAGAACCUCAUGUUAAAUGGCAGCGCGCAGCGUUAUCUCUGGCAGAGCACAAUCAAUGAAAUUCCCACCGAGAACAAUGUCCAGAUGCUUGUCGAUCAGGACAAAAGCAUUCGGUAUCUUGACCCGGAAGCAAGGAAGGCUUUCACUAAGAGAGUCGUUGAACACGCUAAGAAGCUCUUCAUCAUCGUGGCCGCCAGCGAUAUCGAUAAUCGGAUGGACUUCCUGAGAGAACUCCUUGACCACGGUAUCACAGAUAACAGUCUUCCCUUCACCCAGGAUGACUGUCUUGCAACUCGACACCACAAGCGGUGGGCUGACCACAUCCUACCGCUUCAGGGCCUAGUCCUCGCUCCUUUCUUGUCUGAAGCCACUUACAACACGAGUGUUCGAGCAGAGGCUCCACUCUUGUUCCAAAGCGAGGGAAAUACUAUUGGAGAAGGCGCUGGCGGUGAAGUCUAUCCAAUUCGUAUUGACAGUCAGAAUUACGACUUUCCAAACGCACCGCUGGCACCCAGUGUUGGCCCCUUCAGUCAACAGUUCGCCCUCAAGAUCAUCAAAGAGGAGAAAUAUGCGAAACGAGAAGAGAAAUUUCUGAUUGCAAUCAAGGAUGUUCGAAACGACCAUUUGCUGAGGACUUACGCGGCGUUCUGGUUCGACGGGGAGUACUAUCUGAUAUCUGAUCUUGCUGACAGUGGGGAUGCAGAGAAGUUCAUGGAAAGGAACCUCAACGGGGGUAUUCAAGGCGUAUUCACUCGUCAGUGGCUUGAGGGCCAGAUGCUGGGGCUCGCCAAAGCUCUGCGAGCGAUCCAUACGCCUAAAGAACGUCACACCGGAUACAUUCACGACGUCAAGCCUGCAAACAUCCUCGUCUUCGGUUCGCAUGACAAUCAAUUUCGCCUAACGGACUGGGGCUGCGCGAAGGUAAGCGAGCAUAAAUGUCCGAGCCACCGGAGUGGCUUUUGGGGUAACGAAACCUAUAACCCACCGGAAACCGAAAACAGCGGAAGGACUUCUCGACCUCACGAUCUCUGGGCCCUGGGAUGCACCUACCUCGAAUUUCUCAUCUGGUUCCUUGAAGACUGGGAAGCUCUUGAGGUGUUCCGCAAAAGCCUUCGCGAUAGGUCCCAAGAUGAGGCAUUCUGGGAAGGAAACGGGACGAGUAAAUCCGUUAAACCUCCCGUCCUAGAGAAGAUAGGAACUCCCAGAACUCGGUUCCGCGGUGGAGAACACACUUCGACAUCAUCGAUCAGGGACUGCUAA